AUGGACUUCGAGUACACGAACGGUGUAGGGCCAGUAGAUGAACGGUCACCGUUUGCGCAGAUUGGCAGAAACUCGCAGCGCAAUAACAGCAACAACAACGACAAGAAGCGUAGCUUUGCAGUAUUCGGAUCGCCAAACAAGACGACGUUUCCCAGCCUUCGCGAACCCGCUUCUCAGCCACACUUUUUCUCGUCGCCCAAACCACUGCCUGCACUGCCGCCGAAUAGGUGGAGCAACAACCCCUUGUUCAACACCCCGAGAAAGCUGGACGUUGACGACUUUGCUUCUUCUGGCGGCGAGACUCCAAAAUCACCCGAGCGCAACGACGUCGACAGUGACGCUACGCCAGACAUGAGCCUCCGCUCAAAGUUCUCGAAUCUGGAUACUAUGACCAAGCCAUCACUGGUAUCUACAAAGUCCGCCCCUGUAUUUACUGCUGGAGGGAAGAAAGAGAAGGAUAGAGAGUCACCCUCACGCCGUCAGAGUUGGUGGAAGUCAACAAAGGAGCUCAUGGGUGCAUCACCACGCUCAAAAGACGACUAUGCCCACGGUGCCGAACGCAAGAUCAUGAAGCGAAGGAGCAAGGAACAGAAGGCUUUGAUACCCAGAAGAGACAGUGUCUCAGACUCUGAACCAGAGCAAAAGCCUCGUCAGGUAUCAAGGUCACGCAAGGUGAGCGGAAAUCAGGAUAAGAGCCUGGCUCAACCCGCAGAACCGCUGCAAGUACCACCACCACCACCACCACCCAUGUCGCAGGACACGAACAAGAAACACUGGACCUUGACCUUCUUCGAGUUCAUCACCGCACACCCUACAUUACCUCACGUCCUCUCCUUCUACGCCCAAUUAUUCCUCAACCUCUUCCUCAUCGGCAGCAUCAUGUAUAUCUUGUACAGUUUUUGGGCCACCAUCCGUGGCGACGUGGACAAAAAGACCAGCAUCGCCGUGGCAGAGGUGCUUUCCCAAAUGGCUGCCUGCGCGAGAGAUUACAAUGCAAACCGCUGCGAUCCUGCUACCCGCGCACCUGUCCUCGAGAACGCUUGCAACAAUUGGGAGUUGUGCAUGAACCAGAACCCCCACGCUAUCGGCCGUGCCAGAAUCAGCGCUCACGCAUUUGCCGAGAUCUUCAACAGCUUCAUCGAGCCCAUUUCGUACAAAGCUAUGCUGUUCACCGUCUUGUUGAUCUUCGGCACCAUCGCCUUUUCCAACCUGGCCUUCAGCAUCUUCCGCGACAAGGCUGCCGAGCGUGCCAGUGCCCAGCAUCAUCACUAUUACGCUGGUGUACCUCCUACUCCUCAACCUCAACACUCGUAUAACGCUGCGUUGGAUUGGGGUAACAACAACAACAACCCUUACCAGCAAGGUCAACAGUUGGGGCUGGAGCCGGCACCCAGCCAGUAUGCUGGUGGAGACAGAGAGACUUCUCCGGUCAGGAGAUUACAGUUCCGUUGA